AUGAAACGAAAUCAACGCAUCAUGAUUGGACUCAUUGUAAUACUCUUGAUCUUUCAAGUAUUGGGCCUCAUAUUCCGAUGUAUGAGCGACUCGAUUGCAAUUUCUGUUGUCUUGCAAGCAAGAGAUUAUGUUGCGAAUCAUUAUGCUUCAAACUCAUCUCUCUACUUGGAAACUUUUGUGUAUGAAAAUAGUUCAUUGGUCAUUAAUGAUGAUUCUGUAGUUCCAUACUCCAAAUUAGUGGGAAUGAGUGCCAUGCUCAGUUUUCAGUUGUUUUUCACCUUAUCGAACAUGUGUGUCCUCAUGUUGAUCAUGUGUUUCAUUGGAAAUGUGUUCAUUCGCACCAUUCAGCUUACCAGCACUCAAAGGUCUUCUGGUUACAAGAUUGCAAGAGUCCUUUUCAAUAUUGUGACAACAAUUCUGUCGUCCAUUGUCCUUUUGGUAAUGUGGUCCAUAUCCAUACUGAACUUUUUUGCAGAUUUGAAAUUACUUUCCGAUUUUCAGCUCGAGUUGAAUUUGGUUGCAUUUUCAAUUUUUCUCAUUCAAAUCAAUCUCCAGUUGGCUGCAACUAUUAUUAUUUCUCUCAAAGUACAACAAGUCAUCAAAGCGAAUCGAUCCAACCAUCAGCAUAACCACUCACAAACCAAACAAGCGUUCAUUAAAGUGGUAAUGUUGCAAAUCACUCUCACAUUGUGUGCUGAUCUUCAAGUGGUUGCAAUGGCUUUUGGAGCUGUCGUUAGUGAAUGGGUUUAUUUCAAUUGGUUUUACUUAAUUCUCAAUAAUUUUGGAAUUCUGUUAUUUGCAGUGGUUUCACUCGCUCUUUAUCAUCCCAUCUUUCAUUUCAAAACUUUCACUUCACCAACACCAUCCACCACUACCACUAGCUCACCAAACAAUCAACAUGGAAAAUCCUCUCUUCAAUCCUGCCAGCAAGAGACUAUCGACCAAAAGAAUGAAAACGUCAUGGUGGAUCCAACUGCCCUAAACGAUGAGAUACAAGAAACGGUCAAUACUGUGAGUGUUUAA